ACUAAGUGCUGGGGCGGGGGGAGGGAGAGAGCGAGCGAGAGCUAGCUUGGUUUACAACUACUAAGGGGGCAAGGGAACCCUAGGAGAGAGAAAGGUUGCUUUGUUUUGAAGCCUUUUUUGCAUUGCAUUUAGCGAUCUGGAAUCUUCAAUCUGCAAAAGAUAGAUGGCCUGGGAAAAGCAGCAAAAUGAAGUUUUGAUCUUUAAUUUUUCCUGAUCUGGGACAUGGAGAAAGAAUAGAAAGAAUCUUUGGGUAUCUGAGACCUGGAAGCUGAGCUGUGUGUUGUAUUAUUUCUAAUUCUAUGGCUAAUUCAAAGGCUUCAUCAGGCAUGAGAAAUUUCAUGUAUUCUGGAAAGCAUGCUCUCCUCCCUCCUAAAAGUCCGUUUCCCAGUAUUUCUGGAGCAUAUGCCGAUUAUGUCCCAAAUACUGCAAUUGGUUCCAAGGUUGUUCAGAAACCUAGAGAGGGAAACGCACACCAUCAACGGACUUCAUCUGAGAGCCUUGUCAUAGAGGAACAACCUUCUUGGCUUGAUGAUCUUCUUAAUGAGCCAGAUACACCGAUCCGUAAGGGUGGUCAUCGGCGUUCAUCAAGUGAUUCUUUUGCUUACCUAGACAUGGCUAAUGUUUCUUCUAACAUUAGCUAUACAGAUCAGGAUGAGUGGAAUUAUAAGAAUUUAAAAUCUAUUCCAUCUCGGGCAUCCCAGGACUUUGAUUAUGGUAAAGAUACUGGUCAUUUACCAAUGUAUGCAGAAAUCAAGUCAACCAAAAAGAACAAUAGAGCAUGGGACUCUUUUUUAAAUGCUGUAUCGCAUCCAAGUGGUGUUCCCUCUGGGAGGGACAAUGGUGCCUUUGAGAGUUCAGGAUCACCUAGUACACCAUGUGAAGCAGCAGAUGGGGCUCCAUCAAAUGCAAAUGAAAAACUGGAUUCAGCAGAAUCUAGCGCGCAUGAUACAAAAGUAACUUUUGAAAAAAAGGAUGGUCCGCAUGCGAAGGCACAUGCUUCUGAAACCGAUACAAAACGAGCUAAACAGCAAUUUGCUCAACGUUCACGGGUCCGUAAACUACAAUACAUAGCUGAGCUGGAAAGAAAUGUAAAAGCUUUACAGGCAGAAGGUUCUGAAGUAUCAGCUGAGGUUGAAUUUCUUAAUCAACAGCAUCUUAUCCUGAGCAUGGAAAACAAAGCCCUUAAGCAACGUCUAGAAAGUUUAGCACAGGAGCAUCUCAUCAAACGCUUGGAACAGGAAGUACUAGAAAGAGAGAUUGCAAGAUUACGUGCUUUAUAUCAGCAGCAGCCGCAACAAACACCGCAACAGCAACCAUCUGGUAGCCUCCGACGCACAAAAAGCAAAGACCUUGAUUCCCAAUUUUCAAAGCUUUCCUUAAAACAUAAAGACAACAACUCAGGGCGUGACCCCAUGACAGGUCCAGUCCGUAGUUAAAUCUGCACUCUAGCUAUUGCAGUGUUCUGCCUCUACAUUCAACAGAUGUUGCUACGGCUGCAAAUCAAAACAGUUGAAUAUUUCCACUGUGCGGGAUUGUGCAGAGAUUUCCAGUGUAGGCAUCUUCUCUCAGCCCGCUUUGCUUAUUUCAGGCAUUUCCUGGUCUUUCCCAUGACUUGCCGGAGGUGGUAAUGCAACAUCCCCAGUGUAUGUUUAUUCAUGAAGUGUAUCCUCCAUUUCUGUUGUGAUUUAUUCAUGCUUGUGGAAAACUCGGCCUAAUGUAAGCAGCGAAGUAUCUUUAGGGUUGCAUGGAAUAUGGAUGUGCAUUGUCUGUAUGGAUUAUAUUAAGCUAGUGUUUGUUAAAAUGAUUUGAGGAAGUUCAUGUUUUCUCGGAA